UCCCGGGCCCCAGAGGUCCACCAGAGGAGUAUUUGCCAGGUUGCAGGAUGCUGACUGAGGACGACAAGAACCACAUCCGGGCCAUUUGGGCCCAUGUGAGCAGCAACCCGGAGCUCAUCGGGGCUGAGGCCCUGACCAGGCUCUUUGCUACACACACCUCCACCAAGACCUACUUCCCGCACUUCGACAUGUCCCCUGGCUCGGCGCAGGUGAAAGCGCAUGGCAAGAAAGUGAUAGAUGCCAUCACGCAGGCUGUCAACAACCUCGAUGACAUCCCCGGUGCCCUCUGCAAGCUGGCCGACCUCCAUGCUGAGAAGCUCCGCGUCGACCCCGUCAACUUCCCGCUCCUGGGCCACUGCAUCCUGGUGACCAUUGCUGCCCACAACCGGGGGCCCUUGUCGCCUGACACCUACCGAUCCGUCGACAAGAUGUUGUCCCGCGUCGGCAAGGUCCUUGUCGCCCACUACCGCUAAAGAGGACCCGACCCCUGGGCAGAAAGAGGCUCCCCCCCCCCCCCACAGCCCACAAAGCCCCGCAAAGAGAACCCAAUAAAGAAAGCUCUUGACUUCUGAUGCA